AUGGCAACGGCUCGAUCACAGCCAAAGCCAAAACCAAUUGUAGCAAAUCCAUUUGGUAUAAUGAUGAAUGCACGACAACGUCCAACAUUAAUUCAAGCUACCCGUGCAGCUACUGCAUUUACAACUGGACUUACUUUACCCGGUGGAUAUACGAUUUAUCCUGAUCAAUUAGCUGCUUUAAGUGGUUUAGCAGCAUAUCCAAUUGCUGCUCAACCACAACCUAGUGUUCGAUAUAUAACAACAAGUGCACCACAUGGCCUUUCUACAACAGGGCAACCGACUGGAACUUAUACAAUUGGUGUAUUGCCAAUGGGUAAUGGUGUAGGUGCACCAACAGGAUAUAUAAUUAAUGGACCGCCGACAACAAAUAUGGCUUCAGCUGCUGCUCAAAUUGGGCAUGCUUAUCAAGAAACUGCAUAUAUCACGGCAGCGCCAACUGGAACCAUCGGUCCUAUCACCGGUAUGCGUAACAAUGUUCGCUAUGCACCUUAUUAA